CCCUUGUGCAUAUUUCUCAGUGUUCCGUGUCUGGCACUAUCACUGGACCUCUUUGAGCCACAGUUUCCUAUUUGUAGCAUGCAGGUGAUGAUCCCUGUAGUUCUUGGCUCUACCUGAAAGGUCCAGUGAGGCAGUGUGUACCAGGAAACUGUGUCUAAACUGUAAAGUGUGGUGACAUGUAAGGAAAAGGUCACAAGCAUGAUUACUAAGCAGUUGUUCUGACCCAUCUCUCCUCUUCUGUUUUUCUCACAGAGCAUUUGAAGAAGCCACUUGAAGACUACAUGGCCCUUUUCCCUAGCGUGAGAAUUCUCCGAACCAAGAAACGUGAAGGCCUAAUAAGGACCCGCAUGCUGGGGGCCUCAGCAGCAAUUGGGGAUGUCAUCACAUUCUUGGAUUCACAUUGUGAAGCCAAUGUCAACUGGCUCCCCCCCUUGCUUGACCGCAUCGCUCGGAACCGCAAGACAAUCGUGUGCCCAAUGAUCGAUGUGAUUGACCACGAUGACUUUCGGUACGAGACACAGGCAGGGGAUGCCAUGAGGGGCGCCUUUGACUGGGAGCUGUAUUACAAGCGGAUCCCGAUCCCUCCAGAACUGCAGAAAGCUGACCCCAGUGACCCAUUUGAAUCUCCUGUGAUGGCUGGUGGGCUAUUCGCUGUGGAUCGGAAGUGGUUCUGGGAGCUGGGUGGUUACGACCCAGGCUUGGAGAUCUGGGGAGGGGAGCAGUAUGAAAUCUCCUUCAAGGUAUGGAUGUGUGGGGGGCGCAUGGAGGACAUCCCCUGUUCCAGGGUGGGCCAUAUCUAUAGGAAGUAUGUGCCCUACAAGGUCCCUGCUGGAGUCAGCCUGGCCAGGAAUCUGAAGCGAGUGGCUGAAGUAUGGAUGGAUGAGUACGCUGAGUACAUUUACCAACGCAGGCCAGAGUAUCGCCACCUCUCUUCUGGGGAUGUAGCAGCCCAGAAAAAGCUCCGAAGUUCCCUGAACUGCAAGAGUUUCAGGUGGUUUAUGACCAAGAUUGCCUGGGACCUGCCCAAAUUCUACCCACCUGUGGAGCCCCCAGCAGCAGCUUGGGGGGAGAUUCGCAAUGUGGGCACAGGGCUGUGUGCAGACACAAAGCAUGGUGCUCUGGGCUCCCCACUGAGGCUGGAGAGCUGUGUCCGGGGUCGUGGGGAGGCUGCGUGGAACAACAUGCAGGUAUUCACCUUCACCUGGAGGGAGGACAUCCGGCCUGGAGAUCCUCAGCACACCAAGAAGUUCUGCUUUGACGCUGUCUCCCACACCAGCCCAGUCACCCUCUAUGACUGCCAUAGCAUGAAGGCAACCAGCGUGGAAGUUACCAGUCCAGGAAGUAGCCUGGCACCAGAGACUGGCAGUGGUGGCGUCCAAUGGACUGCGCCAGCGGCGGCGGCGGCCCCGCCCAUAGAGCAAACGCAGCCAAUGAAUAAACGGAGGCGGAACUUCCGCUGUCCCGAGGCGGGCGGGGGGUGGGGUGGGCCGGACGCGCCGCGGGGCCCGGGCGCCGCGGGUUCGAGGCCGGGCCCCGCGCGGGGAGGCCGCGCCACCCCAGGGGAGCUGCUGGGCAGCGAGUUUGCCCCACAACCGAAAGAAGGCGGGAGCCGGCGGGGGCCUUCGAAACCCCCUGGCAGCAGGACCCGGAGUCCCCGGGAGGCAGCCGCGUCCUGGGACGCGUCCCCGGGCGCCCAGCCGUAG